GAAAGACGUCUCUGAUCACGAGGUUCAUGUAUGACAGCUUCGACAACACAUACCAGGCAACAAUUGGGAUUGACUUCUUGUCAAAAACCAUGUACUUGGAGGACCGUACGGUUCGACUGCAGCUGUGGGACACAGCUGGCCAGGAAAGGUUCCGAAGCCUGAUCCCCAGCUAUAUCCGGGACUCCACGGUGGCUGUGGUGGUGUACGACAUCACAAACCUCAAUUCCUUCCAGCAGACCUCUAAGUGGAUUGAUGACGUCAGGACAGAGAGGGGCAGUGAUGUCAUCAUCAUGCUGGUGGGCAACAAGACGGACCUGGCUGACAAGAGGCAGAUAACCAUCGAGGAAGGGGAGCAGCGUGCCAAAGAGCUGAGUGUCAUGUUCAUUGAGACCAGCGCGAAGACCGGUUACAAUGUGAAGCAGCUCUUCAGACGCGUGGCAUCAGCUCUGCCCGGCAUGGAGAAUGUCCAGGAGAAAAGCAAAGAAGGGAUGAUCGACAUCAAGCUGGACAAGCCCCAGGAGCCCCCAGCCAGCGAGGGCGGCUGCUCCUGCUAAUGCAGAGCCAGACCCGUGGCUUCCUACACACUACUCGCUUGUUGUGUUGCUUCCUAUUGGUUAGCUUCCUAAUGGGGGUGGGAAACAAGUUUACCAGGAUGGGAGGAUUUUUCUUUUCUCUCUGUCUAGGAGUAGGGUGGGGUAGGGAGGGAGGCUGGGCAUCAGGGAUCACAUCACUCUUAACAGCUGUUACUUAAACAACUAUUUUUUGGUUUGGUUGUAAUAUAUUGUACUUUAUUAAGAUUGCCAAAAACUGUUAAAAUUUAAAAAAAAAAUUUAAAUCAUGUGUAUACAACUUUUUGCCAGAUACAAAUGUAGUCAUUUUUAUUUGAAAGAUGUGCUCUUUUGUUUUUGUAUAUUUGUAAACUUAUAGAGAACCUUUUCCACACACCCCCUCCUUCCUGUUCUCUUUGAACUGUUCAUUGCCUCUGCCUUCCUCCCAUCCCAGCCCAAUAAAUUAAAGCAAUUAACUGAGCAACAUAAUUAGGCUCCAGACCAUCAGCCAAGAUCAACCAGGCCCCACCAUCCAGGCCCAUGAAUGACUAAAUCAAAUAUUGGUUAAAUAGAACAGCCUCGAGAGAGGUAGUACCACUCAGGCCUUCCACGGGCAGUGUGGGACAUUGGCAUUAGCAGGACUCUGAGCUGAAACAGAGGCCUUGCAAACUGUAGGGUGCCCACAGCAGGCUCCUGGGGGACUGUGUGUGCCUCCCCUUCACCCCCCCCAAAAAAAAAGCCAUGAAGGGAGUGGAAGGCAUAGGCCCCCUGUGUGCCUGCCCAGUGACCAGCAGAGCAGGGGAUCGUAGGAAGGAUGGGGUGCUGUUGGCAACUGCAGGCUGUGGUGAUGUGUGGCUUAUAGACUGGGGUACCUCAUGUAGUUCCAAGAUGUUCAGCCAACCUGCCCAAUGGUCAGCACACACAGCUAGUUUGACUCUCAGAAAUUCAGUGUAUGACACUGGGCAGAAUGUCACCCUGCAGUCUUUGACCUGGCAUGUCAGGGAUGCUGGAGCCUGUACCACAUGCCAUUGGCCCCUCAGUGGCUAGGGAGGAGAGGAUGGUCUGCAGAGCUGCCGUUUUAAAAGACACAUGAUCUCAGAUUUGUGGUUGCUACUACUGAAUAGUGUUCUGGAAAGAGCACACGCAGCUUCUUGAUGUUUCCAGCCAUGGGCACGGUGCAGUUGAAGUCAUUAUGUGUGUACAUUUGUGGCUACUGUGGCAGCACUGUGGGCACCUGAAAGUGGAGCUAAAGUGGGGUUUCCAGAAGGCUGCACAGAGUACUGGGCUUCCUCCCCAGAGCCCACCUUGCCCCAUCAGCUCUUUAAACAGAAGGGUUUAAUCCUGAGAACCUGUAAAAUCCCUGAAGAGAACCUUCUCUUCUGCAUAAUAUAACUCGGCCAACAUUCCAAAUUGACCCAGACUCUACCCCUAGGCCUGUAGAGAGUCUGCCAGGAGGCUGGGACUGACCAAAAACAUAACCCCCUCCUGCCCAACUGGCCUUGGUUCUUCCUUCAGGCUGCCAAGGGCAUGGAAUAGGUGAACUACAGUAGCUUCUGAGGCGUGUAGGAUGAAUUCCUCCACAAGGCAAAAUUCCAACAAGAUUGUAGGAAGGCAAGAAUGAAUUUUGGAACUUCUGAAAAGAUAGUCUAAAAUGGCAGCCAGUAAGUGGCAGAGCUAGUUUGCGCAAUAGGCUUGCCACAUGCCGUCAGCCUGGGAGAUGGUGUCAGAGCUGAUCUCUAGAGAGGAAUUUGUCUUCUGGUGGACAGGAGAAGCAGCAGGAAUCCACCUGGCACCUCCCCUGGAAGGCAAGGACCAAUGUACAAGCAUAACUUAAAUGUCAUGUGUUUAGUUUUUAUAUGUGUGUACAUAAUUAUAUAUAGAGAUAGACUUGUGUAUACACCUCCCACAAACACAUCUUCACACAGAGAUACAUAUGCUCACUGUAUAUUCUUGUCUUUCCUGCUCUCAAGUUGGUACUUGCAUUGUGAAAAGUUUUGGAAAUUCAAAAGUACUGCAAUGUGUUGAAAUAAGAAAUACUCAAUAUUGUCAAAUAAUUUGUGAUUGUCUUGCCAUCAAUAAAGUAAUGCAUAGAUGUGUUAAAAUUACAGGCAAAAAUAGCCCGCAGGAGUAUCCCAACCACCUCUCUAUGUACUUAUAUUCACGGGUGUGCCUGCCUGUGUGGGCCAGUGUACCCCACCGUGAGCACACCCCCAAGUGGUGCUUGUGGGAAGAGUGUUUACUUACCUCGUGAGAAUUUAUGGGAGUCCACUUUAUAGUGUCUGGCCUGGUUGGCUGUGAGGGCCAUCACUUAGGGCCUCUGGGACAGCCCUGGGGACAGGGAUCUGCACUGUGUCGUAGUGAAUGAAUGUAUGGUAGAUUUUAAUUUUCUUAGACUGGAGAGUAGCUCUUCUUAAAACAAGAUAGAAACUCCAUACCCUUCUCAAAUAUGCACAGUCCAAGGCACUGUGGUCUCUUUCCAUCGUGGCCUAGGGAGUGGUAGGAGAUGCAGAUGUGUGGCUUGACGUGGCCUUAGUGAGUCUUGCUCCUCCCAGCCUGCACACAACAUCCUCCCUCGAGCACAGGCUCUUCCAAGCCCUGUAGCCUAAGCAGGUCAGCAUACGGCCUGCUCUUGUCUUCCUGCCCCAUGGAGCCCUGCCAUUCCAGAGCCUUCCUCUCCUAGGCCUGACUGCCAUCCUUCUCUUCCUGGAGUCUUAAGGCAACCAAACAGAUGUCUUUCACUUGCUUGUAGGUAGGGCCUUGACUCUUAGUUAAGGUUUAGUAACUGUCAGCUUUCUUGGACAUGUCAUGAAGUUGCCUCCACAUCCUCAGCAGGAGGCUUGCCUCUGCUGAGUUCACAUGGGUUAGUAGGCAGCAGUGUGGAGUUCUUUCUGGACAUGAUCUCAAUUUAGUCAUUCAGUCCCUCUCCCCGAAGACUAGACCUGACCUUGCAAAUAAGCAGUAUCCUCUCCUCUUGGCACUCUUUUCCUUUAGGAAUCUCCAAUGCUGUCAGUAAAGGUCCCGUUCCACACUAGAAUGAGUGGAGGUUGGAAAGGCAGGUAGCACGUUUACAAAGACACACACGCGCCAAAAGGAAAGGGUGACUUUGGUAACCAGUAUGCUGUAGCUACAGCUGUCUGGUCCAAGGUCAGCCUACCUGGUGGCAGAGGCAGUGUUUCUCCCUUGGCCACAGGCCUCAGUGCUGUCUCUGUUGCCAACCUCUUCCCAUCACCCUCCUUAAACAUUUUUCUGCAGUGUUGCUGAGGGAAGCAGUGGGCAGAUGAGUUCAUGUGUGGGGGCCAACAGAAAUGAGGACUGAAAGGUGGAAGCAGGAGGUAGACACAUUGGGACGCAGCCACUGUCAGCCACUCGCUAGCCAGCGUCAGUCCCCCAGUAUAGUUGUCACAAUAAAGGGUUGGCCCUGCUGGCUCUGGAAUCCUGCAGAUAGAGUAGUCUCCUUCCUUCACAAGGUAGAAGGCAAGGGAAGAUGUCAGGAGACCAGGAGGCCAACACCUGUGAAAUCAGUUAGCAAUGUGAGGGGCAGCCUGACAGGAAUAUGCCCAUGUGCAGCAGCCCUCUGGGUUGUAUGCUUGCUAGUUUCCAAACUACCUCUCCCCAGAGAAUGUGAGGCAGCAUCCCUUGCCAGAAUGAGAUGGAGAUCCCAUACCUUCCUGUCUCACAGGUGAGAACCGCAGCAGUGACUUGUGUUGGGAGUGCCCAGGAAGCAGGGUGGUGGCAUUCUUUGUCCACUGCUGACCGGUGUACAGACACUGCAUACUGACGUAUAAAUGACUGCUCUGUGUGUGUGUGAGAGAGAGAGAGGGAGUCCCUCAGGCCAUCUCUAACGUGGUCAGGACAGAAGCUUCUUCCUGACAUGUUGCCAGUGAGCUAGGAGAGAAUACAGGUCCACUUUGGGUCCCCAAGUCUGCUUUGGUUGUCUUAGGCACCACACACAUCAGGAUACCCUUAGAAUUUAUUUGAAACCAGCUAUUGGAAGUAUUCCCAAAUCUAGGAAUCUCCAUAUCCAAACUUCCUGGGCUUCAAACCUGUUUGGUUGACACUCCCAGCUGGACACAGUCUAUCAGGAACACCCUGCAGCAGGAGUUCGGUGUCCCUUCAGGAAGUAGGCCUCCUCAGCACUGAGGACUGGCCGCACCCUGUGGUGUGUGUGCACUCCCCCUCACUUUUCCCCUCACUCAUCUCUGGGAAGUGACUGGCUGUAAGGAGCACAGAGGGUGGCACUUCCAUCUCGUACGGGCUCAGAGGGUGUACUGGCCAUGUUGACUUUACAUUAAACUGUGUAAAAUGUGGAAAAGACUCAGCAUGUUGGUCAAAC